AUGUCUGAAGAUCAUUUUGGAGCAGGAAUAUUGAAAAUGAAGAAACCACGUCUUUCGAAGAAUCUUCCUCAGUCAGAGACUCCAAUUCAGGAAACAACCGAAAAGCCUUCAGUAAAAUUCAUUCUCACGGAAGAAGUACAAAAAGAGCCGGAGAAAAAAGUUAUAAAUGAGGAGUGUGUUCAAGAAGAAAUGCCAAUUUCACCAACAAUUUUAUCUCUCGGGCAAACCCAUCCAGCAAUAAAUGGGGAAAGUGAUGAUUAUUCAGCAUCUGUGUCAGUGAUGCUGAAUAAAAAGACAUUACGAAGAUCUCUGAGUAAAAGAAAAAAACUACGAUCAUCAUCUUUUGCUCAUGAUGAUUAUGUUGAUACACCUGGAAGACGAUCUUCAGUAUUUACCACAUCAUCUGGAGAUACAGCAAUAUCAAUGGAUGGUGAAGAGGAUGAGAAUAUUGGACAGAAUGGGGUUCAAGAGCUGAUUUUCGAGAAGCUUAAGAUCCACAAAGAAGCAUUGAGUGCUGUUAAAUAUCAACCUUGGCCACUGCAGAAGAAAAUAAAAUUAGUCAGACAAGCUAAAUCGUACAUCAGAAAACACGAAGGUGCUCUUCAAGAAAGACUUGCACAUACAAAAAGUACAAGAGAUGCUUUAGCACGAGCAUCAAUUUUUUUUAGUAAAACAAUGCAACGUUGUAAACGAGAAAUUAUUAAUUUAGAAACCUGGAUGAUACCAUGGGAGCUUAGAAUAAAAGAAAUCGAGUCUCAUUUUGGUUCUGCUGUUGCUUCGUACUUCAUAUUUUUACGUUGGUUAUUUUGGAUAAAUUUUGUUAUAUUUCUUACGCUCACAGCAUUUGUAGUGAUUCCUGAAGUACUUACGGCCAAAAUUGAUAAAGCUGGAGAUCGAAAAAUAUUAUUCCCUGAGGAAGUAGAUAGCUCAAAGAAUUUUUUAACUUGGUGGGAGUUUGAAGGAAUCCUUAAACAUUCUCCAUUUUUUUAUGGCUGGUAUACGAAUUCUGAUCCAACUAACGGAGGGUAUCGAUUACCUCUUGCUUAUUUUCUUGCUAAUUUGGUUGUUUAUACCUACAGUUUUGUUGCCAUUCUACAAAAAAUGGCCAAAAAUUCACGAAUGAGUAAACUAUCAGAAAAGGAAGAUGAAUGUGUGUUCUCUUGGAAAUUAUUUACCGGGUGGGAUUUUAUGAUAGGGAAUCCUGAGACAGCUGCCAACCGAGUUUCAAGUAACAUUUUAAGCUUCAAAGAAGCUUUGUUGGAAGAAGCUGAAAAAGAAAAAAAACUUGGACACUGGAAAAUCACGACUGUAAGAAUUUUAGUUAAUUUAUUAGUCAUUUCUCUUCUGGUAUUAUCAGCCUAUGCAGUGGUAGAAGUAGUUCUAAGGAGCACUCAAAUAGAUGCCAAUAGUGGAUGGUGGAGGCAAAAUGAAAUUACCAUAGUUAUGUCAUUAAUUUCAUAUAUUUUUCCAAUUUUUUUUGAAAUUUUGGGCUUUCUUGAAAAUUAUCAUCCACGAAAACAACUGAGACUACAACUUGCCAGAAUUAUGGUGCUUAAUUUAUUGAAUCUGUACUCAUUAAUUUUUGCUCUAUUUGACAAGAUAAGUCACAUGGAAGUGGAAUUACAAAGUCUUAAACCUAAGAUUCCAAAAAAUUUUAUUCCAAGUAACUUUAGUGUUUCACAUUGUGAAAAAUACUCUGUUCCAUGUACUGAACCAUCAUUUUCCAAUCUUAUUUCGAAAUCUUUUCAAUCCUCAACUCAAACACCACCAAAAUCAUCAGCAUUAACAUUAUCAAUUGCUGCGAUGAGUUUAAUGUUGAUGCCCAACAUGACAACAAAUCAUUCCAUUGUAUUUAAAAAUGGUUUAGAACCUCGAAUAAAAGAAGAAGAAGAAACACUGGUUCCUUAUGAUGACGUUAAGUGGGAGGUUUAUAAUGAGAGAAAUAUUCCUCAGAAUAAUUUUGAAUACUAUGAUAGCUAUACUGAUGAUUUCUCUUAUGGAGAUAAAGAAUCAACAGUAGCAGGAAAAAAUACAGUAGAAAGUUCUACAGUUACAACGAGUGAAAAGUAUUCUAGAUGGUCAGACACCGAAGAAAUAUUAUUUACCAAAGAAUUAAAUCAAAACAAAUCUCCUGAAGACAGAGGAAGUAUAGAAUUAACUACAGAUAAUCAAAUAUUCACAUCAACAACUCCAAGAAAGCCUAGAAAACCAAAGAUUAAAAUGAAUGUUGUUCAAUGCUUCGCAAGAGUUUGUGAUAUUCAUCAAGAUAAUGAGGAAUCUCAUGAAUUUAAAAGAUAUCGAAAUACUAGAGUUAGCCAUGAUGCUAUUUCAUCAUUAAAUAUGACAACAAAAAGGAAACUUCGAAGACUCUGCUGGGAAACAAUGUUUGGUCAAGAGUUAGCAAAACUGACAGUGAUGGAUUUAAUUUUAACAAUCAUAGCAACACUCAUAGUAGAUUUUUUUCGAGCUCUUUUCGUAAGAUAUAUGAACCCUUGGUGGUGUUGGGAUCUUGAAAAGCAAUUUCCUCAGUAUGGAGAUUUCAAAAUAGCAGAAAAUAUUUUACAUCUUGUCAAUAACCAAGGAAUGGUAUGGAUGGGUCUAUUCUUUAGCCCUGGAUUAAUAGCUUUAAAUCUUGUUAAGCUAGGAAUACUGAUGUACUUGAGAUCCUGGGCAGUCAUGACAUGCAAUGUGCCACAUGAAAUAGUAUUUAGAGCUUCACGAUCGAAUAAUUUCUAUUUUGCUUUAUUACUUAUCAUGAUCUUCUUGUGUGUCUUGCCGGUGGGUUAUGCCAUUGUUUGGGUAGAACCUUCUUGGCAUUGUGGACCUUUUGCUGGAUAUUAUAGAAUUUAUUAUAUUGCAUCACAGAGUCUGAAGGAUGUGCUGCCAAAAAAAAUUCACAAAGCACUUGAUUACAUUGCAUCUCCAGGAAUCAUUAUUCCUUUGAUUGUUUUGAUGGCUUUAAUUAUAUACUACAUGAUUUCUCUGGCUAGUUCUUUGAGAGAAGCAAAUAAUGAUCUUAAAAUCCAAUUACGAUAUGAAAGAACCGAGGAAAGACGAAAGAUGUUUAAGAUUGCUGAAAAACAAAGCCAAGGACAAACUGGACCAUUUGCUAGAUGGAAAAAAAUAUUUCCAAUGAAAAGCUUCAGCAGUACAGAUAAUUCUGUUGCAAAAACAGUGGGUAAUGCAUUAAAUCAAAGACGUCGUUAUGCAGUGGAUGAAGUUCGCUCUAUAACAUCUGAUCCGGAUGAAGCGACUGACAUUGAGCCAAAUUCAUUACUCCAAGAUUCACUUUCGCCAAAAGAUGUCAGUGACAUUGAUCAUCAGAAUUUUUUAUUUUGCAAUAAUCGAAAUAAUCAAGUAACCGAAAUACCUCGAAUAAGAAUAGACACAAUAGACAAAGGAAGUGAUCAAGAGAAAGAUGAGAUUGAAUAAAAAACUGCCAUAUUAAGGAUAAAUAAAAAAUAUUAAUUUAUUAUAAUGUAAUAAUUAUUACCAAGAAUAUUUAUGGA